AUGGAUAAUACAGAUCGUAUAACUGCUAUACCGAAAUCAUUCUCACGUGUAAUACGUCAAUCAUCUAUAUUCGCUAACGAUGAUACUCACGAUGCUGAAGUCACUAAUAAUAAUGGUGGGAAAUCAGUCAUAAAAUCAACAAUAAUUUCUGAUAGUUUCGUUAAUUUUAGAACUGAUCAAACUUUAAGUGAUUUAUAUAAGGCUAUUGUUGGAGAUUUAAUCAAAAAUCCUAAAACAUUCAAAGGAAAUAAAGAUGAUGUCAAUAAAUGGUUCGAAGAUAUUGAACAUCUGCUGAAUAUAGCACAUAUCUCAGAUGCUAUUCGAUUAGAUAUUAUUUUAUAUUCGUUAUGUGGUGAUGCUUUGGAAUGGUUCAAAUAUAAUCAAUCAUCAUUUACUACAUGGAGUGUUUUUGUCUGUGAAUUAAAACGAGCUAGCUUUUAA